UCUGUCCCUAUAGGUGAUGCAGGUGCUCAACGCUGAUGCCAUGGUGGUGAAGCUCAACUCUGGAGAACUCAAGACCAUCCACCUGUCCAGCAUUCGGCCCCCCAGAAUUGAGGGAGAGGAGAAGAACAAGGACAAAGACAAACGUUUCCGUCCGCUCUACGACAUCCCCUACAUGUUCGAGGCCCGGGAGUUCCUGAGGAAGAAGAUCAUUGGUAAAAAGGUCAAUGUGACAGUUGAUUACAUCAGAGCAGCUACCGGCCCAGGAGAAAGCACCCCCGCAUUCUCAGAACGCACCUGUGCUACAGUCACUAUUGGCGGCAUUAACAUAGCCGAGGCUCUGGUCAGUAAAGGCCUGGCCACAUGCAUCAGAUACAGGCAGGAUGACGACCAGCGCUCCUCCCACUACGACGAGCUGCUUGCCGCAGAGGCUCGGGCCAUCAAGAACGGGAAAGGGCUGCACAGCAAGAAGGAGGCUCCCAUCCACAGAGUGGCUGAUAUCUCUGGGGAUACACAGAAAGCCAAGCAGUUCCUGCCCUUCCUGCAGAGGGCCGGCCGCUCAGAAGCUGUGGUAGAGUACGUGUUCAGCGGCUCCCGCCUCAAGCUGUACAUGCCCAAAGAAACCUGCCUCAUCACCUUCCUCCUUGCCGGUAUCGAAUGCCCACGCAGUUCCAGGAAUAUGCCCGGGGGGACGCAGGUGGCUGAACCCUUCAGUGAAGAAGCCAUGCUGUUCACCAAAGAGCUGGUGCUGCAGAGAGAGGUGGAAGUUGAAGUGGAGAGCAUGGACAAAGCCGGAAACUUCAUUGGCUGGCUGCACAUCGAGGGUUUGAAUCUGUCAAUUGCGCUGGUAGAAGGCGCUCUGUCCAAGAUUCACUUCACAGCCGAGCGCAGCAACUACUACAAAACCCUGGUCUCAGCAGAGGAGGCCUGCAGAGAGAGGAAAGAGAAGAUCUGGGCCAAUUAUGAGGAGAAACCAGUGGAGGAGGUUGUGUAUGUAACAGAAGAAAAAGAACGAGUGGCCAACUACAGACCAGUAUUUGUCACGGAAAUCUGCGACACCCUGCACUUCUACACCCAGGACGUAGAGACAGGGAGCCAGUUGGAGAGUCUGAUGGAGACCAUGAGAGCGGAGAUUGCCGCCCAGCCGCCUGUGGAGGGGUCCUACGCCCCGCGCCGGGGGGAUUACUGCAUAGCCAAGUUUGCUGAUGACGAGUGGUACAGAGCCAGAGUGGAGAAAGUUGAGUCACCGGCAAAGGUUCAUGUCUUCUACAUUGACUACGGCAACAGAGAAGUUGUGUCAUCCACUCGUCUGGCUGCCAUCCCCCCCGCCUUCAGCACCCGGACCCUGCCCGCACAGGCCACCGAGCACGCCCUCGCCUACAUCCAGGUCCCGUUGGACGAGGAUGUCCGUGCGGACGUGGUGGACUGCGUUGUGCGGGACAUCCAGAACAGCCAGUGCCUGAUGAACGUGGAGUACUCGGGUGCCAGCUGCCCGCAUGUCACCAUACAGUUCGGAGACACUAAGGACGAUGUGGGCCUGGGCCUGGUCAAGGAGGGCAUGGUCAUGGUGGACGUCCGCAAGGAGAAGCACCUGAAGAAGAUGGUGACAGAGUACCUGAACAGUCAAGAAUCUGCCAAGAGUGCCAGGCUCAACAUUUGGCGCUACGGGGACUUCCGUGCGGACGAUGCCGAUGAGUUCGGGUACAGGCGUUAAAAAGAAAAAACGGGGGAUAAAAAAAGAUAUCGACCAUCCAAUCAACACCAUUCCAAAGACCACCAUGGACGGCACACAUUGGACAGAAGACAGAUGACGAUAACUAAACGACAAGCAUUGACUCAAUCUUCCUUCUUUAUUUGACAUUUCAUCCCUCCAGUCCUGACUUCUCUUCUGCUCUUAAUUGCGUUCUCCCCUGUAGCUCCACAUAGAGCAUGCUAGCAAUGCUACAUCUAAAAGUAACUCGUGCAAGAAUCCCUUUCCCCUCAUCUCUUUGUUCCUAAUGGCCCACUGCCAGCUCAAGCAGCCUGCACUAUUGCCAAUCUGUGUUAUUUGCCAUUUUACCUUUUCAGCAGACUUACUGUGUGGAUGAUAAUAAUUAUUAUACUUAAGUAUGUGUUUCAGCCAAUCACUUCCCUUGCUCUCUGACUCCUGCCCAGUCCCUGUUUCCUCUGCACAGGAAGGGGCCGGGUGCUCUGGGGGGGACGCUUGAUUUUCGCAAACAAAUGCUUCCCUAAUGAAUUUCAUGUAAAUGUGAGGAUAUGUUGAAAAGUGUAAAUGGUUUAUUUUAGAGAAAUACUGUAGGUGGAGCCACACAGACAAAAAAAAAAGGAUGAGUUUAUUUUGUCUUCAAUGUAUAUCUGUGUGAUGACAUUUGCGGAUGUUUUUGUGGGGAGUGUUUUGACGUUUAUUCAAUAUGUCACAAUUUUAAUGACCAGUAAAAAAGGAAUGCCAUCACGAGGCAUUUGUAUCAUCUCUCAAUCUCCUUCUGUAAAGUUUACAUUCUGAUAAUGCUUAUGAUCCUGUCUCUUCUAUUUCUGUCUCUGAUAGCCACAGCAGAAAGUGUUUGAAUUUGUUUCCAAAUAAUGGACCUUUGCAUUCUAUUAAAAAUCUGCUGAAUAAAAAUUAGCAAACUUUA